AUGCCCACAUCCCCAUGCCCAGGCCCAGGGACCCGUCGUCGCCGGUUGUCUCGUGCCAACAUCGUCAACUCUGUUUCUCUCCUAUUCCACUCCGAUCCCACGACCCUCAUCAUUACUUCUCCACAGGCUUCCCGUCGUCCUGCAAAUAUACCGUUGCGAACAUUACCGACCCAAGCAUCCCGAUCUGACUCGCACUCAGCUGCUCUGCUGGCCCGACAUUCUGACGAAAAUCAAGGCCGCCGGUCUUCUCUCUCGAGGUCGUCGUCGCCCAGCUCAGAGUUCUCGUGGAGUGAUACUGGUGAUCUUGGAGAGCAAUUGGCAGACGCUGAAGAUCCAUUGCGGAUCAAGCUACGUGAACCUCUCGACGGGAAGGUAUCCGGUGGUGGUUCUUCGAAGAGGGCUUCUCGGCAUCAGAAAGUCCGAUAUCAAGACGAGCCCGACGACGUCGAAUCCAAACCAUACCAUCCUGGACUCGUUAAGGAGGAUAUUGAGAUACCCAGACCGGGUCCGCGCUACAUCACUAGAGCAGAACACAUACUCGCUGCCAUCAUGUCGGGAGGAGAGAGGCAGAUGCAUGGCCUGACGGGCAAGCCAUUAGUAUACUUCACUAGUAUCUUUGUUUCAUUAGGAGUAUUUCUUUUUGGCUAUGAUCAGGGUGUCAUGUCGGGCAUUAUCACCGGCCCAUUCUUCAAAGAUUACUUCAACCAACCCACGAAAGCCGAGGUAGGUACUAUGGUGGCUAUUCUUGAAGUUGGUGCAUUCUUCUCGUCCCUCGUUGUUGGAAGAGUAGGAGAUAUCAUUGGUCGGAGAAAGACGAUCUUAUAUGGCUCCAUGAUAUUCUUCGUUGGAGGCGCCUUGCAGACCUUUGCAACUGGAAUGCCGAUGAUGCUCUUGGGACGUAUCAUUGCUGGUGUUGGUGUGGGCAUGCUGUCCACCAUCGUUCCCGUCUACCAAUCCGAAAUCUCGCCUCCUCACAAUCGCGGGAAGCUCGCGUGUAUCGAAUUUUCUGGGAACAUCACUGGAUACGCGACAUCGGUCUGGGUGGACUACUUUUGCAGCUUUAUCAACAACAACUACUCUUGGAGAAUCCCGUUGUUGAUGCAAUGUGUGAUGGGUGCGCUGCUUGGGCUUGGUAGUCUCAUCAUUGUCGAGUCGCCAAGAUGGCUUUUGGAUAACGACCAUGACGAAGAGGGCAUUGUUGUCAUUGCCAACCUUUAUGGGGGUGGAGAUAUACACAAUGCAAAAGCAAGAGAUGAGUUCAGAGAAAUCAAGAUGGAUGUCUUACUUCAAAGACAGGAAGGAGAAAAGUCCUACUCUGACAUGUUCCGCCGAUACAAGACUCGCGUAUUCAUUGCCUGCUCUGCCCAAGCCCUUGCGCAACUCAAUGGCAUCAAUGUCAUAUCCUACUACGCCCCAUUGGUAUUUGAAUCGGCCGGAUGGAUCGGUCGCCAGGCCAUUCUGAUGACUGGAAUCAACGCCAUCACUUACCUCAUGUCUACCGUACCAACGUGGUAUCUUGUGGAUCGCUGGGGCCGUCGCCUUAUCCUUCUCAGCGGAGCACUAGCCAUGGCAGUAUCGCUAUCACUGAUCUCGUAUUUCUUGUUCCUGGAUAUUCUUAUGACCCCGACGCUUGUCGUUAUUUUCGUCAUGAUAUAUAAUGCUGCAUUUGGAUUUAGUUGGGGGCCAAUUCCCUGGUUAUACCCUCCCGAGAUUCUACCCCUCAGUAUUCGUUCUAAAGGCACAAGUUUGUCCACCGCAACCAAUUGGGCGUUCAACUGGCUGGUGGGUGAAAUGACUCCUGUGCUACAGGAAUGGAUUAAAUGGCGCCUCUACCUCGUGCACGCAUUCUUCUGUGUCACUAGUUUCGUUGUUGUAUAUUUUAUCUACCCAGAGACGGCAGGUGUCAGACUAGAAGACAUGGACGUUCUCUUCGGCGACGCAACAACUGCAAUGCCCACCCCGCAAACCCGAGCUGAAGCCGGGUCCCUGUUGGGUGUCAGCUCGCCCGUUCCAUCGAUGGAUCUCAGAAGGGGUAUCCAAGGAGCUUCUAACGCUAUCCCAGGUCUCGAUAUUGAUCCCCCACACGUCAACAUCAAGGAUGGGAAGCCGCAGUACGCCGAUGACGAGUCCAACAACGAAGGCGUCGGAGGCUGGAUCUCGCGUAUGGUAAGCAGGAACGGCGAGAGCUCAAGCCUCUCGAGUAACAAGAGCGGGAGGUACAAGCCAGUGAACGACGAGGAGGAGGACAGAGAUUGA